AAGCAGUGUAACACCUGCGAACAAAGAAAGAUCUACUGAUUUCAUGCUUCAAGAGGUGGCUGGAAUGCAGAGUCACUAAAAAUCUUCCCCAAGUGUUCAACCUCACCCCCCCUUAACGCACGAAAUGACGUCUUUUAGGCAUGAACAUUCCAGGAGAAUAAAGGGGCUGAAUAAGAAUGUUUGGGUGGAUUUUCCCUCUGUGGAAGCAGACCCUUCCAUUGUCAACCUGGGCCCUGGAUGUCCAGAUAUCCCUCCUCCAGCCUACCUCAAGGAGGGCUUGGCUCAGGCUGCAGGAGUGGACAGGCUGAACCAGUACACAAGAGGAUGUGGGCAUCCAUCUCUAGUCAAGGCACUGUCACAAGUGUAUGGGAAAGUAUACAACAGAGACAUUGACCCAUUCAAAGAGAUUUUGGUGACAGUAGGAGGUUUUGGCUCUUUAUUCUGUACUAUACAAGGUCUGGUAGAAGAAGGAGAUGAGGUUAUAAUUAUUGAGCCCUUCUUUAAUGCCUAUGCGCACAUGGUCCAAAUGGCAGGAGCAAAGCCUGUGUUCAUUUCCUUAAGGCCUCCUGAAAACAAGAUGAGCAUCACUAGUGCUGACUGGGUUCUGGAUCCAGAUGAGCUAGCACGUAAAUUUACCCCAAAAACCAAGGCUAUAAUAAUCAACACGCCAAACAAUCCUGUUGGGAAGAUUUUCACCAGAGAGGAGUUGCAGAUGGUUGCUGCCUUGUGCACCAAGCAUGACACACUCUGCUUCAGUGAUGAGGUCUACGAGUGGCUGGUCUACAAAGGCCACAAGCACAUCAAGAUAGCUGUGGCCUGUAGUUCAACCGUGUCUCUCACAGCUACUCUCCCUGGUAUGUGGGAUAGAACCAUCACCAUAGGCAGCGCUGGGAAGACCUUCAGCGUGACUGGAUGGAAGCUCGGGUGGUCCAUUGGCCCAGAACAUUUGGUAAAACAUCUUCAGACAGUCAUGAAGUAUACAUCUUUUUCCUGUCCAACUCCUUUACAGGAAGCCUUAGCUCAAGCGCUCCUGUGGAACUGCAGCCGCAUGGGACGCCCGGACUGCUACUUCGCCUCUCUGCCUGCGGAGCUGGAGGAGAAGAGGGACCGCAUGGCAGCCAUGCUCCGGUCGGCCGGCAUGUCCCCCGUCGUUCCCGAGGGAGGUUACUUCAUCACGGCAGACGUCACGGCCCUCAACAAAGAUCUGUCACACAUGGGAGAUGAUGGGCCAUAUGACUACAAGUUUGUGAAAUGGAUGAUCCAGGAAAAGAAACUGUUUGCUAUUCCAGUGACGGGCUUCUGUGGGGAGGAUUCUAAGAAGCGAUUUGAGAAGUACGUUCGCUUUUGCUUCAUAAAGCGAGAUAGCACUUUGGAUGCAGCAGAGGUUAUACUGAGUAGCUGGAACAAAGACUCUUAAUGCAGUAACAAGUGCAACACUCUGUCCCUGCUUCCAAGGUUACAUCUACUUGGUCAGAACGCUAAGCAUAUUAUUUGACAAAACAUUCUUGCAAUAUGUACCACAAAAUGGAACCUGCUCCAGAUUUGCCAUUUAAGUAAAAGAAAAUGAUAUUCCAUCCACAGACCUUUUGCCGUCCUUUUGAUGUCUUUUGUGGACCCUUUGUAUGGCAUCAAACAUACUUAAAAAUGAAAAUAAAAAGAAAGUCGAAAGUGAA